AUGCCAAGUACGGAUACCAAGACUGACCCUGAAUCGAACGAGGGUCAAGACAUCAUGUCCAAAUCUCCCAUCCAGAUCAAGACUGAAGAUAGUAGAAAUGAAAACAAUGAGGAUUUAUUCACAGUUGAUAACAUCUUGCCUGGAUGUAAAGUUUACGCUACAAAAGAUGGUGAAGAAAGAUUAGCGGAGAUAUUACAAGAACAUAUGAAGAAGGGCAGAAAAGUGUUUUAUGUCCAUUAUCAAGAUUUUAAUAAACGUUUAGACGAAUGGAUUGAAAUUGAUCGAAUAAAUUUUAAAAAACCCUUAAUUUUACCUGAAGUUAAAGUUGAUGAAAAGAAGGAAAACAAACAAAAGAAGAAGACUAAACUGAAAGCAUCUAAGUCCCAAGCAGGGACCAGCGCCUCCACCCCACGAGAGGAAACUCCACAAAUGAAUGAUGAUGAAAUGGAUUUGGAGAAUCUUAAUGUGCAAGGAUUGAAAAGACCUGGAGAAGAAGUGAGUCGAGAAGAAGAGAUUAAAAAGCUUCGAUCAGGUGGGUCGAUGACUCAAAAUCAUUCUGAAGUGGCUAGAGUAAGAAACUUGUCAACCGUGAUUCUUGGUGAACAUAUAAUUGAACCAUGGUAUUUCUCACCAUACCCCAUUGAGCUCACAGAAGAAGAUGCAAUAUAUGUUUGUGAUUUCACGUUAUCCUAUUUUGGCUCCAAAAAGCAAUUUGAAAGGUUUAGGUCAAAAUGUUCAAUGAAGCAUCCACCAGGUAAUGAAAUAUACCGUGAUUCAAAAGUGAGUUUUUGGGAAAUUGAUGGUAGGAAACAAAGAACAUGGUGUCGAAACCUUUGUUUACUUUGUAAACUUUUUUUGGAUCACAAGACUUUGUACUAUGAUGUUGAUCCAUUUUUAUUUUAUGUCAUGACCAUAAAAUCAGAACAAGGACAUCAUGUUGUUGGGUUUUUCUCCAAGGAGAAAGAAAGUGCUGAUGGCUACAAUGUUGCAUGUAUUUUAACUCUUCCUUGUUAUCAAAAGCGAGGAUUUGGAAAAUUGUUGAUUCAGUUUUCAUACAUGUUGUCAGCAGUGGAGAAGAAAGUCGGAUCACCAGAGAAACCAUUAUCAGACUUGGGAUUAUUGUCAUAUAGAGCUUACUGGACGGAUACAUUGAUAAAGCUUCUAGUGGAAAGAAAUAACCCUACACUUCAUCGAAGAAAUAAUCCGCAUCCAGCUGACGACGAUGAAUAUAACGAAACCCCACCACCACCACCUUCAUCAUCAUCAUCGUCAAGAAACGGAAACACAACCAACGAAAUCACCAUUGAAGACAUAUCGGCAAUCACAUGCAUGACAACAACGGAUAUACUACAUACCUUAACAACAUUGAAGAUGCUACGGUAUUAUAAAGGUCAACAUAUCAUCGUAUUAACUGAUCAAAUAAUGGCCAUGUAUGAAAAACUAGUAAAAAAGGUGAAGGACAAGAAGAAGCAUGAAUUGAAUCCAAAAUUACUAAGCUGGACACCUCCACUGUUUACAGCAAGUCAAUUACGUUUUGGGUGGUAA